AUGUCGCACAGGCGUACGGCAUCGCCCAUCAGCUCCGACCACAGCCGCGACAGCCGGGAUCCUGCACGCCGCCCCGCGACCCUGGCGAAUGCGCAUUCAGGCGGCCCACCGGCAACAAACAGGACGAUGCCCGGCACCAUCAGCAGCAAAAGCAGCAGCAGCAGCGGUAGCGCCGGCUCGAGCGCCGUUCGCCGCGAGCUUGUCGCCAGCGGCAGCCAUGCCAGGUCCAACAGCUUGGAUGCGAGUCUGAAGCUCGACCCUGACGCCUCUCGCGAGCUCUUCAAGGCCCUUAGCGUGUUCUUUAGGCGCCAAGACGAGGGCCGGCAGCUCGAGGAGAAGCUCAAGACCGCAAAGGAGUGGAUGCGCAAGAAUCCGGGCAGGUCCGACUACGACGAAAAGCUGCGCAAGAUGGAGGACGAUCUCAGUCGCCUGGUCGACGCCGCCAAAGAGGCAGAGAGCGCCGCCAGCGAGGCCCUCGAAAAGCUCAUCUCGAGCGCCGUCGGCAGCCUGGGCGACCGCAUGCAGGCCGUGGUCGAUGCCUUGUGCAGCGCCUCCGACGGCAACCAGGCGGAACUAAAGAGGAUCAUGGACGGCCUGCAGGGCGCCUGCAAGACGAGCGACCACGCCGUCACCGAGAUCGGCAGACUGCGAGAUAUCAUGGCGCGCGAGAAGGUGGUGCAGACAGCAGAGCAGAAUGCAGUGGUGGCCCGUCUGCGCGACCUCGAGGCGCUGAACCUCAACUCACGCCUAAGGGACCUAGAGCGUGCUGCCGAGGUCCGAUCGGCCGCGCCCCCGCCGCUGCCGUCUUCCACCUUGGGGAAGCAAGAAAGCGAGUUGGUCCAGAGGCUCAAGGCGCAGGUCGAGGAGCUGGCAUCCAGAAACGCCCGGCUGGAGGAGACGACCUCUGCCCGGAUCGCGAGCCUCGAGGCGACGAACUCUGCACAAACCGCCAUGUUUGCAGAAAGGCUGGCGGCCCUCGAGAGCCGGAUCGCGCCCGGCACUGCGGCGGCAUCGGCCGUGCCUCCCGGACCCUCGCCCCCGCAGCCUGCCAGAACCGUUCCGUCGAACGAGGCGCCGCCGCCACCGCCUCCUUCGCAGCCGCCGCCGCCGCUCCCGUCGCAGCCACCCCCGCCAUCGACCCCGGCUGCCGUUGAGCCUGACUUCUCCGGCGCUCAAGACCAGACCACCUCCGGAGCUGACGCAGCUGGAGGACCUGCGCGCACAGCCGACGUCCAGGAGGGUGCCGAAGGCGCGAGGCCACUGCCGAACAAGAGGUCGAGGGCAAGGGAGGUGUUGGAUGGUCUGGAACGGCGGCAAAGGACCAUCGAGGAGGAAGUGCAGGUGCUGCAGGACCGGCUGGACUCUAUCGAGGGAGAGGUGAUCCCGAGCGCCAUCUCGCACCAGCAGGAAGAGGUGAAGGCACAGUUGCAGGAGCAGUUGCAGGAGCAGUUGCCGGAAGCCAUCGAGGACUUCUGCGAGACGAAGAGGCAGGAGAGGCGCAAGCGACGGCGGAUCGACCAGGAGGCCGCUAUCGAAGGGGAAGGUGGACCGGCGCCUCGGCCGGAAGCCAACGCAGCCGCAGCCGUAGCCGCAGAUGCAGACGGGGACGCGGAUAUGGCAGAUGCUCCAACCAAGGACGCGGAGGCGGCAUUGGGCUCGUCGAAAGAAGGGCCUGCAGCGCCUGCUGCGAAAGCCUCGGCGCCCGGAGCGGCGUCGGAGGGCAAGGCCAUCGACCCGAGCUUCAAGCAUCUCGAAAUCCGGCCGGCGAUGAUCGAGCAGGCUUGCUCCGCGGCGCUGGCCCACAUCAAGCAGCAGGCGACGUCGGACCAAGCGCUGGCCGACCUGACGCCGCGGAUCCUCGCCGACGUCAUGCCAAAGGUCAAGGUCGAGCUCCAGGCGCAGCUGGCGACACACCUGGCUGACCUCGUCGGACGCGCCGAGAUGCUCGAGGCGAUCAAGUCGGAGGUGGGCGAUCUGCCGACCCAGGUCGAGGCCAGCCUGCUGGCGAGCAUCGAGCAGCGCUUCGACCAGCUCAUCUUUCGGCCCGAGACCGUCACGCAGCUCGUGGAACGCCUGCGACAGACCGGCACCGCCAUCACGGCCGACGUCGACGCCCGGCUGUCCGCCAUGAACGAGACGCUCCGCGGCGCCCACAUCGGCUUCCGCGACAAGGUCAAGGAGAAGCUGAUGGCGUUCGAGGCCCGGCUGACCAAGGUCGACGAGAAGCUGUCGGCGUUCGAGGCCCAACUGGCCAAGGAGGCGAAGCGGAUAGGCCGCCUCGACAUGCAGGCCUCGACGCAGGCGGCGCUGUUCGCAAAGUUCAUCCAGGAGGUCGACCCCUAUCUCGCCCACGGUCCGGAGGUGCUCGACCGGGUCGUCCUGGGCGUUCAUCAGGCCGCCAACAACGCCGCCGCGGCCACAGCGGCGUCGAACGCAGGCCAACCGCAGCAGCAGCAGCCCCGGCCUCAGCAGCUGUCUCGACCUCCGCAGCCUCAAACCCGACCCCCGCAGCCUCAACCCCGACCUCCGCAGCAGAUGCAAGCGUCGCCGAGGCCGCCGCAGCAGUCACCGCCACAGCACCCGCGGCCGCCGCAGUCGCUCUCUCCGCAGCAGCAGCAGCAGCAGCAGCAGCAGCAGCAGCAGCAGCAGCAGCAGCAGCAGCAGCAGCAGCAGCAGCAGCAGCAGCAGCAGCAGCAGCAAGAUAUCUACUUGCAAAUCCGCCGGCAGCAGAUGCAGCAGCAAAUCCAGCAGCAGAUCAACAACAUCAACCUCCAGUACCAGCAGCAACUGCGAGAGCACCAGGGCAACCCGCAGCAGCAGGCCCUCAUCCAGGCCCGCCUGGCCCAGCAGAUGCAGCGCCUGCAGGCCUUGCACGGCGGUCUGCCCUCUCCGCCGCAGGCUCACCGGCAGGCAUCGCCGGGACUGCCGCUCGGUACCCUGACGCUCUCCAAUGGCCGGCCGUCGCCCCUGGGCCUCGGCACCGUGCCGCUGCCACAAACCAUCUCGCCGGUGGCCCUCUCGCCGCCUCCGCAGCACCAACAGCAGCAGCAGCAGGCCUCCCACGCGCAUCCGCUGCCACAGCGGCCACCACAGCAGUUCCAGCGUCCGAUCCCCAACCAGCACCAGCAACAGCACCAGCAUUAG